GGGAAAAUAGACAUAUUGCCUUGCUGAAGUUGAUCCAGGCAAUUAGAAACGGUAAACAGAAGGAGAAACAAACACAAAGCGUUUGCUCUGCACGUGGUCGAGUGCCUUAGGCAAACGUCAAUACUGUCUACCAAAAACAACAACCCUACCCAAGAAUUCAUCUAUCCCUUUCCAGAUAUCCAAACUAGCAAACCAAAAAAUGUGCAUCGUCACACUCCACGAAACCCAUACCUGUGCGCAUCGCUGGGUGACACUCCACACAGCAUGCCACCAAAUCAAACUCCUAAACGACGACGACAACACUACUCAAAAUGAGAAUAACAACGACAACAUCCCUCCUAAAGCCGGCUUCAAUACAUGUCCUCACCUCAACGACACAGACGACAAGCUUCGCACUCGGUACGUGGUCGAGUACAUCAUUGGCUCUGAUGACGAGUGCCCGCGGUGUGUGAAAAGGGGGCAGUAUGAUCGGAAUGAGUGUCGGGUGAUACGCGAUACGGAGUAUAGAUUGGGGUUUGGGAUGGGUAGGGUGGAUAGAAAGAGGGGGGAUGUUGGGGUUCCGUGUGUUUUGUUGUAGGAAAGGGAGGACUGUUUUAGGGUCAUGGUUAGAGCAUCACUGGCCAAUAGAUGCGUGGUCUACUGGAGGGGUUUGAAAAAUCAGCGAGAUAUGUAGCUA